AUGAUCCGAAGAAAGAAGAACGUCAAGAAGGGUAUCCAGUUCUGCCUUAUGGUAUGCGGUGCUUCGGGCACAGGCAGAACUACCUUCGUCAACACCCUCUGCGAUAAGAGUGUCCUCACUCACAAGGAGAGCGACGACCCCAACUCUGCCCACAUUGAGGAUGGUGUCAAGAUCAAGCCCAUCACUGUUGAACUCGACGAGGAGGGUACUCGUAUCUCGCUGACCAUUGUCGACACUCCUGGCUUCGGCGAUCAGAUCGACAAUGAGGCCAGCUUUUCGGAGAUUGUUGGCUAUCUCGAGCGCCAAUAUGAUGACAUUUUGGCCGAGGAGUCAAGGAUUAAGCGUAAUCCCCGAUUCAGAGAUAACCGAGUCCAUGCUCUGCUCUACUUUAUCACCCCCACCGGCCAUGGCCUCCGUGAGCUCGAUAUUGAGCUGAUGAAGCGCCUUGCCCCCCGUGUCAACGUUAUCCCCGUUAUCGGCCGCGCCGACUCUCUCACCCCACACGAGCUUGCCGAGUCCAAGAAGCUUGUCAUGGAGGAUAUCGAGCACUACAGAAUCCCCGUCUAUAACUUCCCCUACGAUAUUGAGGAGGACGACGAGGACACCGUCGAGGAGAACGCCGAACUUCGAGGCCUCAUGCCAUUCGCUAUCGUCGGAUCUGAGGAUAUUGUCGAGAUCGGCGGCCGAACCGUCCGUGCCCGCCAGUACCCCUGGGGUGUUGUCGAGGUUGACAAUCCCCGCCACUCCGACUUCCUCGCCAUCCGAUCCGCCCUCCUCCACAGCCAUCUCGCCGAUCUCAAGGAAAUCACCCACGACUUCCUUUACGAGAACUACCGUACCGAGAAGCUUAGCAAGAGCGUCGAGGGUGGUGCUGGAGCUGACUCCUCUAUGAACCCCGAGGACCUUGCUUCCCAGUCUGUCCGCCUCAAGGAGGAACAGCUUCGCCGCGAGGAAGAGAAGCUCCGCGAGAUCGAGGUCAAGGUACAACGCGAGAUCAACGAGAAGCGACAGGAACUCUUGGCCAGGGAGUCUCAGCUCAGGGAGAUCGAGGCGCGCAUGCAACGGGAAGCCGCUGCUGCUGCUGCCGCGGCGUCUGCCAACCAACACGAAGCCAACGGCGACGGCAACUAA